UACAAAUACUGCAGCAACAAACGUUAAUAUGUCAAAUGUGGCGAAUAAAGGCGAAAGGAAAAUCCAUAGUGACAUAACAGCAGAAUAUCCUGAAAGCAACGCUGCAUCCGCGUAUUGUGUAAGACUGAUGCGGAAAGUGAUUGGUUGUUGGAAAAAUCGCAAACGAAACAAUAUAGAACAUUUAAUAAAACAGCAAACGUAUUAGAAAUUAAAUAUUUUCGUAUUUUCAAGUGUGAAAAGUCUAAGUUAAGAAAGUUACAGUUCAAAACACCAUUUAACAUCGAUAUAGUAUAUGAAUGUGUCUUCGCAUUUUUGCACCACCCACGCACACAGUUGAAGAAGCCACAAACGACAGGCUGUCUUUGGCGAACGUGCUUGCGAAAAAAUCGAUAUUUAUUGAAUUUAUUCACGUAAAUUGUAAAUAAAAUGCAAAACAUGUGGAAAGUGCAGGACAAAGUGAAAUUUUAGCAUAAAGCUAAUUAGAUCAACUUUAAGUGACAGAUUAACGAAAGCUUUACCCUCUAUUUACACCAUUUGGGUAUUCGGAGAGAGCGCAGUUGUGCAGUCUUCAUCUAUAUCUUCUCCACUUAAAGCUGUUGCGCGGAAUUGGUUUUCUUUUUUGAAGAAAUCGAGAUAUUUUUUGCGAUGGCGGAAGCUGUGCGCGCUCCUGUGGAUCCAGCAAAGGACAUGCAGCAGCCAAGUGACAGCUCAGAUGUUAUUGACGCUAGCAGUGGCGCAAUCUUGCGUAACACAAAGCAAACGACAGCCUUACCGCUGGAUCAGCAGGCGAACGAACAAGUUAAUAGUGAGCAAUUGUAUUUAACAACAACAACAUCGACAUCAACGGUCGGCGCUAAUGGUGACUCGGCCACGGCAACAGUCACAGAUAUGUCUUCGCUGUCGACGACGUCAACGGCUGCUGCGUCGGCAGCGUUGCCAUUGACCGUACAUUAUUUGGCUAGCUUCCAUCAGAUUUGUGUGGUGACUGCACUGCUUCCACUGGUGACGCUGUUCACCUGCUUCGUUACCGCGUACGUCUUCCAAUAUGAUGAUGUGCACGAAACGCAUUGCCGUGUCUACAACAUUGUACCAUCGAUAAGUGCCAUUACCGGUGUCAGUCCACAACGCUACUUCUGGCGCCUGAGUAUUGCCUUACACAUUGGACCGCGCUUGCCCAUCGCCUUCGUGUAUAAGAACUUUUAUCGCAGCAUGUUGGCAAAUUUGCAGCAACGUCGGCCGCAUCUGGUGCCGAAGGCCGAUCUGAUGAUAACCUUAAUAUUAAUUUUGAAUCUAAUCGAAAUUUCGUCGUUGGGCGGUGUGACCUACAUUUCGAAUAGGGAGAAUUAUCCGAUUCAUGAGAAAAUCUUUAUCACAUUUAUGGUUUGCUCACUCUGUUACAUGUUGGCCACGAUCAAACUGCACGGCAUGCUUUUCGAGGAUGAAAGCAAACUCUUGCCCAUACAACGCGAAUCCAUCAAAUGGAAGAGAAUACUCUUCAUCACCUCCAUUGUGAGCACCGUCGGCUUGUUGGUAUUCUUCGCCAAGCAUCGUUUCUACUGUCAUGAUUUGGCCUUCAGUUGGUUCGCCUUCUUCGAGUAUGUGAUCGCCAUUGCGAAUAUGCUAUUCCACUUCACCAUUAUUUGGGACUUUCCAUCGCAAUUUAUGCUCAUCGUGCAGGGACCGAAGGAGAAAAUCGAGGAACUCUUUAAGCGCGCAUGCGCAAAGUAUGAUUAAACACAAACUGAAGCACACACACACUUGCAUGCACAUGAAAAGUGAAAAAGUGUGCGUGCAACACUCGUUGUGACUUGAAUAGCGACCGUUAACAGUCGUGUAUAAAUCAAUUUUAAUUUGAUUUAAUUGUGAAUUGUGAAUUGUGAAAGACACAUGAGAAACCUCGAAGCGCGCUUCCAUUGUCAACUCAUACGCAUAUUUAACGAUUUAGUUUUCACUACUUUACGAAAAGUACUCAUAGAUACACACACACAUAUAUAUACAUAUAUAUACUUACAUAUACACUGAGUGAAGGUAAAAGUCUCCUAAUAGCGGUUUGCGUAAAGCCAUAGUUAAAUCCAUUUUAAAACAUACAAAUGUAUACAUACAUACAUACAUACAUAUGUAUUUAUUUACAGC